UGCAAAAAUUUAUUAUGCAUUUUCGAAUUAUUUCUUCAUGGAAAACUCUUCUCGUGGUAUUUGGUUAUACUACAAUUUAUUAGACGUAUUGUACAUAUUAUUUUGCUACUCGGUUACAAAGGUGCAUCUCUCGAUAUACGAGUCAUACAUCUAUAAUUAAUUUUAUUUGACAUAAUUAAAUGUAGAUUUCGAUCGCAGAUUCGAUGUAUAGAUGAAGGAAAAGACAGCCUGACGGUUCCUUACUCUAUACGUAGAGCAAAUGUAUAAUUAAUUCCGUCGAUUAAUGACACUAUAGCUGUUGUAUAAUAAUUCCAACUGAACGAUUAUGUGACAACGUGCUUUACCAGUGUUUAAGUAUACGUUUAAACGCAAGAGAGUGGGAGCGUCUGAUUUCGGUGAUAGAGUAUAAAGCUACGUGAGUGCGAUCGACGAAUCGUAGUCGUUCUUACCAUUCGUGACGGACAUCACUUCACCAAGAAGCUAACAACAAAAUGGCACAGUCUGUCUGGAAGAAGAGGGUCUCCGUCAUCUCGCUUUCGGAGAACAUGAAGAUUCCACCCAACAAACCGAAAGCAUGGUAUGGAUGCAGACACACGCAAGUGUUGCUUAUGUGCCUGUGCUUCCUAUGCUGCUAUGCGAUCAGGGUGACUAUGUCAGUGGCCAUAGAAGCAAUGACUAACGCGGCUACUGCCAAUCCGAAUUUCGAGGAGUACCACUGGGAGGACUCGAUGAAGCGGAUGAUCCUCAGCUCCUUCUUCUGUGGUUACAUCUGCACGCAGAUACCCGGUAGUAUUAUCGCUCGGCAAUGGAGUGCCAAGAAUCUGUUCGCGGUGGCACUGGUCAUUUGCGGCUUGGUGACGAUCAUAGUCCCUCCGGCCGCUCAUUUUGGGGGUCCGGUGGCGGUAAUCAUCACUAGGGUGACUGCCGGUCUUGCUCAAGGUACCGUUCUACCGAUCCUGCAUACCCUAUUGUCCAGAUGGGUGCCGCCCGAAGAACGUGGCAGACUCGGGACCUUCGUUUAUUCCGGCGGCUGGGUCGGCAACGUAAUAUCUCUGCUAAGUUCCGGUUAUCUCUCGGCAUCGCCAAUAGGUUGGCCCAGUUGCUUCUACGUUUGGGGUAGCAUUUGCAUCCUCUGCGGCAUCGCCUUUUUCUUGUUCGGCAAAGAUUCGCCCUCCGAGCAUCCCGGUAUAUCCCUAGACGAAAAGGAAUAUAUCGAAAUCAGUCUGGGAGUGACCGAGAUCAGCGAGAAACCGCCCACUCCGUGGAUAUCGAUGUUGACAAGUCUCCCAGUCUGGGCGCUGCUGGUGACGCAGUGCACCCACAACUGGGGAUUCUGGAUGUUACUGACUGAGAUCCCAUCCUACAUGACUUCGAUCAUGAAUUUCAAGAUUCAAGAAAACGGCUUGGCGACGGCGCUGCCGUAUCUGACAGCGUGGAUCGUCAGUUUCCCGAUCAGCUACGUGUCCGACCUCUGCAUUAAGCGGAACAUCGUGACCACGCAAGCGUCCAGGAAGAUCUGUAACACGUUCAGCCAAUGGAUCCCGGCGUUUGCGCUGAUCGGUCUGGCCUAUGUGAAUAAGGACCAGUGGAUGUUAGCCGAGGCGAUUCUGAUUAUCGCGGUCUCCACCAACAUCGCCUCCUACUGCGGCCACAACGUCAAUCACAUGGAUCUCAGCCCGAACUUCGCUGGCACGCUCAUGGGAUUCACGAACGCAGCUGCUAACAUCUGCAGUAUCUUCGCGCCCAUCGUCGCCGGCUGGAUCGCCCCGGAUCCGGAGGAUAUCAUGCAAUGGCGCAACGUGUUCUUCCUGUCGGCCGGCUUAUAUUUUGUGGGCAAUUUGAUCUUCAUUUUAUUCGGUUCGAGCAAGAUACAGCCGUGGAACGACACAGUGAAGAGGAGGCGAGACAGCACCUUGGACAAUGUGACAAAGGCGCCGACGAGCAUCGCGACUAUAAAAGAGCUAAGGGACAUUGAGAAGAUUCCAUGACAAUCGACAAAGGAACAAUUUUUGCCCGAUGACAUUCUCCUACUCCUUACCAUUAAUUCUCUGAGCUAUGGAUGUCAUGUUUAUCCCGCGCAUGUAUGUAUGUGUGUAUGUGUGUGUGUAUAGAUGUUACAUGUGUCAUACGUAGUAGCCUCUGAGAGGGUUCGAGUAUCGGUAUCGUUCCGAGAGUGUGUACAUAUAAGUAUUCUUAAGUAUUUAUAUUUCUUACAGAUUAACACGACUAGCUAUACCGCGAGUAGAUACCGUAAACGUAGGAUACCGAGAAACUGUACAAACGCGCGUAUAUAUAUUUGCCAAUCAGAAUUGUCUCCGUUUAAGAAUAUCGCGAGAUUAACAAGAGACUAACUUUCUGCGUUCUUCUUUUUCACGAUUAACCGAGUGGACUUUGCGGCAAUGAAAAUACCGCAAUAUGAUUUAAAAAUAAUUUAAAAUUAAGUUAGAGAGAUAAGUUCGAUACGAAUAAUUUAAUCGACGAUCUAAUCUGAAAUUGCACCUGUUUUCUUAACGGCCUACGCAUUGCUUAAUUCGGCUUCUCGAAGUGUUAUUUAGAAAUGCGUAGAAAUUAAUGCCUGUUUAAAUUUAGAAAAUGUGUGUGACUUGAACGAAAAAUGUUUCGUUUAGAAAUGAUUAAACUCCUAGUUCUAACGAAUAUCUAUAGUUACAGAAUCUCCAUUGGUCCAUGAAAGUCCCCUGUAAGUACUUAAGUGUUGGCUCAGUUUUCCAUUUUGCGAUUUCUCGAGGUGUUGACGUGAAUGGCACUCGCGAUGAAUAUCGCACUAACAACAGGGGACAAAAUCACGUAGGUGAUGAACGUUAAGAGAAACUAGUUGCUAACUGGUAUCGACCAUUCGUAAUCCCCAUUCAAUACGGAAUUUCUCGCCAUUUUGUUGCAAAGUCAAUGCAUGGCUAGCAUAGAUUGAUCUUGGACACUCUAUGGUAUUUGAGUUUUUCUUGACAUUCCAGCAGUAACAUUGGCAUUGGCAGAGUCACGUUGACUUCAGUUUUCGAGCAUACUGAUAACGUUUAUGAACAGGAAUUAUCAAGAUACGACUGGAUGAUGAAACCACAGAUCCGCAUGUUGUCACAUUCUGCUGUUCUGACUUCUCCAUGAAUAACUUAAUGUUGAUUUCACCCGUAGAGCAUACUGCAUUCUGGAAUGUUAUUAUUAUUUAUUAAUUAAUACGGUAAUUAUUUAGUUUAGGGGCCUUACCUCCAAUAUUGUUCUAAUUAUGCUUAUUCGACGCGUUUUUGCUUGAAAUGAAAGAAUUUGGCAGAAAAAAUUGUCGCUCUGCCCCACAAAUGAAAUUAUUAACCAUUUGAAUGCCCAACAGCGUGAUCGCACUGUUCAGAUUUCUUAUCGAAAAGUGCCACGCUAUUGAAAUGCGAUGUACAAUUGACACGCGCUCGAACUCUGCUGAAAUCACCGCGUUCAAUCUUACUGCUAGUUGAUUUCCGAACCGUUAUCUUUUUUUAUGUAAAUAACAAACAAUUCUUUUUUAUUUGUUUUAUUUUCAAUUUUCUUUAUUCAAUAGAUAUGUAAAACAAACAAAUUAAAAAUUUUUGACAUUUUACGAAUAAACAGAUUUGAACGAUCAAAUUUUAUGACAUAUAUGUUUAUUAAAACAUAAUGCAUGCACUCCUUUUCUAUACUGUAUAUAAAUAAUAUGCGACCUUUUUUUGCUGUCAGUUUUAUUAGUGCAGACUGCGCAUUGUCGUGAAUUAUGUUCCAAUUUUGUUAAGACAAAUAUUUUUUUAUCAUUAAUGAUGAAUUGAAAAUAUUUUUUCAAAAAUAGUUUUUUUCUACUAUCAUUUAAGGCCGU